AUGCCGAGACCAUGCACAUUUCCUGUUUCUGAGGUUAGGCCUUUACUCAUUGAAGAACGGGAGGAAAUAGUGCAAGAUAAUGGAAAGAUUUCUGGGAAAAAACACAUGGUUUGGAGAAGACUUAGUGACAAACUUGCAAAGAAGAAAAUCAACAUUUCUCCCUGCAACCUUUAUUUGACUGUGAUCGGUAAUCGCUAUGAGUUCCACAGCGCAUUGGGAAUUUGUACAGAACCUGCAGAUUCUGACAGGGUAAAUCAUGAGCGUUCACCAACUUUAUCCUCUGCUGAGUCCAAAGACUACAAAACAGAGGGAAACCUUGAAGAAAGUAAAGAGGAUGAAUACUUUUGGAGCAAACAAACAAAUGUGGAUGAAACUCUAGAGAGAAAGGAAUUCACAAUCAUAUUUUCUAAAGAGGAUUGGGCUGAGAUUUGCAUCUUAAAUGUGCUGAAACCUCAUGUAUGGACGCACAAGCUAAACUUUCAUGUGCAGCCUCAUUUGAAAUGGCCCUGUAUAAUAAGAUACAGGGAAGGAAAGGUCACUAGGUCAGACCGGGCGCAGCAGUAUUUGAAAGUGGAAGGAGAAUGCACAUUUUGCAAGUCACAGUUCAUAGGACGCAUUACAGAAGCACUGCCAGCAGAAGCACCAGUAAGAAUGCAAUGCUCUUACAAGGGCCGCUUCAGUGAUCCUCACCCACCAGAUCUGAAAAGAAAGCUGUCUGCAGAUGCCACUAUGACAUUUGGUGAUCUUGGAGCUAGUUAUCUGCCUUUGACAAAUCUCUCGAGUGUGGCAAAGUGCAAUGCUCUGAAGGGAACUCACUUGCAUGAAGAUCCCAUCCUUGCUGUUGCACUUGCAAUGAACAUACCGCCAUAUGAGGGUAUUAUCCGCCAGGUGUCCUAUGAUUACCUGUUUGUAAGAUAUCACAGCUCAGCACAGCUCCAGGUUUACCAUCAGUACAUGAACACUGCCAGGCAUCCAAGUCUGAGCAUUGGUGCAACAGGAGGAUUGGUCCAAAUGGUUGAUAGGGGUGGAAAGCGUGCAAAAUCUGGUCACAUACUUCUGUAUAGUGCUGUUGUUCAAAACCUGGAGGCCAAAAAAAUCUAUCCGGUGUGCAGCAUGGUGUCUGAACAACAUGAUGCAGAGACCGUCCAAUAUUGGUUGAAAAUGUGGCUCCGAGAUGGUGCAGAGAAGCCUAAGGAGGUUGUUGUGAGCACAUCUCAAACUCUCAUGUCAGCAUGCAUUCAGGCAUUCACACCAUUUCCAUCGCUGUCAGACUACCUGGAUGAGUGUGCAAAGAUUUUGAAUGACAACUGGGGAUUGAAGAAUUUGCCCUAUAGCUACAUCAGGAAUGAUGUAGGGGACAUGAUGAACCUGGUGGCAAGUUGGCCUAGUCUGCGGGGACAGCAUCCCCAAAUUCGUGAAUUCUACUUAAAGUCUCUGGGUCUGGUGGCGCAAGCACAGGAUAUAAAAGAUGUGAAGUCUCUGCUGAGACACAUCAUCACUGUUGCCGUGAGUCAAACUGAGGGAGAGGGCAAGGAUACAGGCCGGCCAACAAAUUGUGAGCUAAGCAAACACAUCCUUCUACAAAGGAUUGAAAGUUUUUGUCCUCCAGGAGAUGCAAGGGAAGAAGAAUGGAGUGAAGUAUGUCCUCCUGCUGGUCCCAUAGAAAAGUGCAAUGGUAAUGCUUUCACACUCAUGGUGGAGGAAAUAAGGCAUACUGUCACCACCAGUGUUGUUCCUGGAACUAGGCCUAACUGGCAAAUGCUUCCAGACCUAGUAAGAGACAUACUUAAAAUUUCCCAUUUGAUUCCACUGUGGACAGCUGUGAUGGUUCCAUUCUAUGGAUAUGAUGGUGUUACAGCCAGCAGCGCUUCCAGUAAGGCUUAUUUCAAGGACUUGAAACACGCACACUUUAAACAUGUAACCCUACCCAUGCGCCUGGAUGACUUCAUAUUUGAGCACAUCCAGUCAUUGGAAGGCACCAUGAAGCUUGCUGUUGCAGCUCAAAUGACAACUGCGGUCAAUGAGGAUUGCAUGGGGGAAACAGCUCAAGAAAAGGUGACUGCUCAGUGUGCCAAUGAGACGGUGCUCAAGAGAAGAGCAAAAUCGUCAGCAAUACCCAGGUAAGAAAUGCAGACAAAAUGUACAAAAUGCAUUUUCUGGGAAGGGCGACAAGUAGAGCAUGAUCCAUGGAUGCCACAGACUCAUCACUGGGCCAGAUGGGGCUUUUCUGAAAAAGGAUGCUGAACUAGUGAUAGCCAAUGCGGUCCCUUUGGAGUACAUCUCCAAAGGGCAAUGGCCAUGCUGACUCAGGGAUGGGAGUUAAAGUGGAGGGCCCCCUUGGCCUGGUUCAGCAGUGCUGUUCUUAGGCAGCGUACUGGCUUCAUCAACAGGAAAAGUUAUCAUAGGGGUUGGUUGGGAGGAGAAGCCAUGAAGGAUGGAAAGGAGCACAGGCAGCAAAAUGAGAUUGCAGCUGUCUUUUGAACAUCGCUUCUGCUGUCUUUUGAACAUUGCUUCCACACACAAAAAGACUCAAAAUGUAUCUCAGAAGGCCAAGUUGUUAAAAGUUGCGUGGUAAUCCUAAAAAGACAAGGGUGUGGGAGGAAACUCCUAUGAGGCCAUCUUAAUAGAAAGGAGAUCUUAAGAGAAAGGAGAUUGGACAGGCAAGCACUGCCACCUUCUGGCCAUCCAAACUGAUAUGCUCCAGUUAGACCUGAUACAUUGGUGAUGGGCUCAAGUCAUUAACCCUUUCUUUACCUCUUUUAUGCUGCUUGGUGUUUUUUACAAUUUCUGUUGAUUGCUUUUAUAUUCCUCUUAUGUUUUGCUAUUUUAAUGUUCUUGUUUUUCAUGUUUUUGUUUUUUUUUUAAUUUUAAACUUGUUGAGAGCUGCCCUGGAAACCUACGUGUGUGUGUUUAAAUGGGCAUUUCUUUUAUUUUCUUUGCAGCAACGUUCCUCCUGCUUUUAAGUGAUCAGCAGCAUCUCUCUGUCUCAGUUCUCAUUUCCCAACUUGAUAUUGCCACUGAGGGACUUCACAAACUCCAUCCGGAAUCUUCAGGGUCUUCUUUGAGGCCAGAGUGGAUGACCUGCAGCCAGUUCAGCAGUGGAGGCAAAGUGAGAUUCUCCCGGGUUCAUUGCGCUGCCUGGCUUGUGAUGUGAAAUGAACAGGGAUUGGCUCUCCAGCAGCUGCUGUUGCUGGAUAAAACAAGAGUGCCACAUUUCAAUCUCCUUCACACAGCCAGACAAGCCUUGGUUAAAAACAAUAGUGACCCCCAUAGGAAUCUUUCAUCAGUACUGGCCAGAAAGUCUUGGAUUUUUGAUCCCCUCCACAGUCCCACAGUUCAAUCCAACAUCCUGCUCCUUUGCCAUUUCCCCCGAAAUCUGGCUUCUUGUAUUCUAGGAUCCUUACUGCAUGUGUUGGGAGAUAACUACCAAAGCCUUUGGUGCUCUCUGACAAGGAGUUUUCCAGGAGAAGCUUUCCAACCUCACUGGGGCCAACAAAGAGGAUCUUCACCUUUGGCAUCUUCCCUUGGCCUAGGCCACAUAGCCUUGACCUCACAUAUAAAGCCAACCUGAGCAAACAGCUGAAAGGGCAGCUCCAAUCCCCUGAGAACACUUUGAAGAAUGGAAUAUAUUCUGAAGUAAUAUUUUAAUUUAAAAACUGUAGAUAUUCCCCCACUCUGUAAACAACAAUUUAUAACAAUUUAUCCUCAUCUCUUUUUUUGGGGGGGGGGGUGUUAUUGGGUUGUUUGGGGGGGUUAUUGGGUUGUUGUUGUUUUUUAUUUUGAGUAUGUGCUUUGUGGUUUUAUAUUCUGAUUUUAUCUUGUGAACCGUCCUGAGACCUGCGAGUAUAGUGUGGUAUGAUGAUGAUAAUAAUAAUAAUAAUAAUAAUAAUAAUAAUAAUAGGAGCAUCCACCUGUCCUUUGUCAACCAAGCUGGGAGAGAGAAGCUUUUCUGCAGUAAUUCUGUUCUUUUUACAAGUGCUAUAAACAUUGAACAAGUUCAUCUACUCAGGAGCAAUUUAGAGAGAGGCCAUGUUCCAGAGCUUUCCUCAGUUCCACUUUCCACCCACACAUAGUUUCCUCACUCCAUCACUAAUGUCUGAGCAAGGUUUCAGGACAGUUCUCCAUUUCCAAACCUAUCCAUGCUGCACUGUUCCAAAGUUUCAAGAUAACACUGGAAAAUGUUCUGGUCUAGAGGCCAUCCAGCAGGUGGACUCAUAUUCUGACCUGGUUAAAGGCAGUUUCAUUUGAAUAGAAUUAAGUUUCCAUCCUCUCCGAACCCAAAAACUUUGCUUGUAAGGUAAGUGUGCCUCUUUAACUCCUCUCAUUCGUAUGCAGGAGAGAGUGAAAAGGCACUGGAAGCAUAUUAAAACCCUCAAGUGGUCUUUAGGGGCAGAGACUGAUCCCAGCCAUGAGACCCCAAAUGUCGGUAUUCUGAGUUAUGUAGUCUGGGCAUGUUUUGUCUCUUCCACAAAUGCAGCAUUUUGCUUUACACAGGAAUGAGUGGCAGUUUAUUUGGGAGAAAGUAAAGGCACGCCUUCAGGGUCACCCCUGGGGUAGCCCCUGUUUAUGAGAAACACAUUAUGCCUCCUUUCAACACUGCCCUAGACUGCAACAUGGUAGUUUGUCCCAUAAAAGUCAGCUAGCGGGACUUGCAAAAACAAGGAAACGAUGAAGUGUGGAGAACUCCUGUCCAGGGUUCCAGCUAGCUAACCAGCCAGCAAUGCUCUCUUUCAGGAAACUCCAUUCCUCUCUGUGCUUUUCUGUUCCCUCCUAGCCCCAGCAGUCAGCCAGCAUUUGCUGUCUACUGAGCAUGCUCAGUAGGUUGUGUUGGAGUUGCCACCCUUUUAGGGUUUUCCUCCCAAAAUAUUCUUUGUACUUCUGCAAACUUUGGGGUUCUUCCAAGUCUCCUUGUGCUUGGAUAGUGCCAUUUUGGCUGCAUAAGGAUACACAGUCAGUUGAAAUAUAUAUAGGCGCAACCCAGAAGUGAGCCACGCACUGUCUUUUUUACAUGCCCCCAAUCUUUUGACUGCAGAUCUACACUCUGGAUUUGUUUUGUUAAUCAUGCUAACAGGGAUGAUAGCAUGUUGAGAAAACUGUAUGGAAGAGAAUGCUGAGAUUUGGCUGUAAUAACUAUAUAGCUAUGCUAUGUUCUAACUGAUCAUAUUUAAAACUAGUUAUGCUACAGAUGUCUAUUCUGUAGAUCUAUCUAGUUAUGGCAUUCUAUGCUACAGACAAUGCUUUUGAACUGCAUUUCUUUAAAAACUGCUUUUCAUCCAUUGCAAUCUGUGGGGAAAUAAUCUGUUUUCUGGCAGGCUAAUCUACCAUAAAAGGAAUGGAUCAUUUUUGUGGGGUUUUUUGGUGGGGAAGUGACUCUAGUUAGUAGAUGAUACAGCUUGCCAAAGGUGGAAAAGAUAUCUCCUGUUUUGGGGGCUGGCCUAAAAAUGGUUGGUUUUCCUAUUACUCUGGGUUUUCUUUGAGUCAGUUUGGCUGUGCGUUGGGACUGGCUUUCUGUUCAGAUUUUUUAAAUAUUUGGGUUGGUGGUUUCUGUGCUCUGCUUAGGUACUUUGUAAAAUUCACCUAAUAAAUUGAUUAAAUCCACAUAAAAUGCUAUUUUAAUUCUUCCUUUCAUGUGUUUUUCUUCCUUUGUAUUAUUAAAAACCCCACCUUGCCAUUCCUAUAAUUGUUGUGUGCUGCUAGUAUUGCUAUGUGUCAUGCUUUCCUCUUAAGUGUUAGUUAAUAUGUCCUGUUCAUUGUUGGAGAUCAGUUGAUUCUAGUGGACAAUUUGUCUGCCUUUUGUCUAAAGCUACUUUUGAAAUGUAUCUUGGCUCAGACUUACUAACAGGAGGGUAGGGGGCUGACACCAAAUGGAAUAUUAUGCUUGAAAGCCUGGAAUUUUGCAACCAUAAUUUUAUUAUUUUGAUGGAUUAUGUAAUUAUGAAAGUCAUGGGGAUUUUUCUAAUUUAUAUCAUUAAUCCUAGUUGCAGAGGCAUUUUUUGGUAUGUGUAAAGUUUUAUUUCUGUUCAUUUAUUAGAAAACCUGCUAACAGUUGGAGGAUGCCAUAGAAGCUCUCUGACUUGGUCUUAAUUGCCCAAUUAUGUGAUAUGUGGACAGAGCUGUAUAGAUUCUUUCUUCACUUUGCCAUGUGGGUGAGAAGGGAUAUAAUUUUUUUCUCUUUUAAGAGUCAUUACAAUAGGAGUCAAAAGAAAUAUCCAUUUAGGGAAGAGUAAAUGGUGCAUUGAAGGCCUAAUAAGAGUGUGUGUGCGCACGUGCACAAUAAACAAAAAAAUGUCACAAAAUCUCAAGACACCAUCUCUUCUCUGGUGCUUUGAAUCAAUUGAUAAUGAUGAUAAGAAUGGUGAUAAGAAUUUGUUUAUUGUACCCUGCCCAUCUGUCUGAAGUCACCCAGAGUGACCGGUUGCCCCAGUCACUCUGGGGGACUUCAAACAGAAUAUGUAUAAAGAAACACAACAGAGUAUCAAACAUUAAUCAAGCCUUCUUAUUUUAUAUGCCUGAGAGCUUUUGAAAGAACUCUGAAUAAAUCUUAAGACAUUUUAAAAGUGUAUUUCAAGGUGCUGAGAGAGACCCCUAUUCCCCUCACAGAGCUACAAUUCUCAAAGUUCCCUGGGAAGAGGCAAUGCAGCCCUUUGAGGAAAAAAGGGCUCUCCUGCUAACAACUCUCAGCACCCUUAACAGACUACAUUUCCCAGCAUACUUUGAGGAAAGCAACCACUGUUUAAAGUGGUAUGAUACUGCUUUAAAUGUAUAGAGCAGAUGGGGCACUCCUGUGUGAUUUUAAGCAAUUAAGUUUGUGGUUGUAGUAACAGGAUAUCGAGGCACUCUAUAGAUCAGAGAUUUUCAACCCUUUUACAGCUGAGGAACCCCCGAAAGGUGAAUUGAUAUUUUGCAGAAACCUAGUCCCUGCUUCUGCCCUUCAACAAAGUGAAAGAAUGAAACUAAAAUGGGGAUUAAGAAAUUCAUUGUUUGACAACAGAAGAGGAGAAAAUGAAGUGCCUUGGGUGGAAAGUAGCAAAACUUUGUGUCAUCUCUGGGGAAUGGUUGCCGAACCAGAAUGUUCCAUGGAACAAAGAGACAAGUUUCGAUUGCUGGAAACAGUGCCCUCAAAUGAUUUGCAAAUGUCAGGCCAGAAAUGACUGGCAGGUCAUACUUUUUUCCAGACCCUGUCCUCAAGAACCUGCUGUUUUAACAUUUUGGACAGUCAGUGUUCUGGAAGAGAGACCUUUGGGGCGCCUCCUUUAUUUGUUACUUGUGUCUGGAUGUUUGAAUAUCUCUUCUGUUGUUUAGUCAGAGGGAAUGGCCAUUUUCCACCCUGUCCCAGCUAGUGUAAGGUCACUUCCAGGCAACCUGUUUAUUCUGAUUUGUUGGGCAAAGGUUUUCAGGGAAGUUAGAGGAUGUCGACAUUCAUUCUGAUUUGUAUGUUGGGAGGUUAUACAAAGUAGCAUCACUCAAGUUGUUAUCCCACACUUCCCAGUCACUUUCUUCAUAGCAAAGUCUAUGAUUCCAAUCUCCUCAGGCAUGCUGGCUGGGGGCUGACGGGUGAUGUAGUUCAGCAAUAUCCACAGGGCCUCAGGUAAGACACCCUUGUGUUACUGUGGGGGUGGAUGGGUAGUAGAUGCCUUUGCCUAAGAAGUGAGACAAGGCUAGAUGCCUGUACUCCUUUGCUCAAUACAAGAUGCUGUGUGGUGUGGUACUGUAGGCCAAUGUUUGUAACACAGCUGCACCAUAGCUGUCAACUUUUACCUUUUCUUGCGAGGAAUCCUAUUUGGAAUAAGGGAAUUUCCCUUAAAAAAAGGGAAACGUUGACAGCUAUGAGCUGCACAUGAAGACACUUCAUAGCAUUGCCUUGUGAGUGCAUAUCCACAUGGCAUACUUAUUGCAUACAUAUCUACACUGCAUACUCAUUCCCCUUCUACAAUAUUCUUGGGAACUGUAGUUCUUUUUCUGAGUGGGGCCCAAAUCUUGCUGAGAAUUCUUAGCAUCUUCACCAAACUACAAUUCCCAGAAUAUUUUAGUGGUUUAACUGGUAUAAAACCAUUGAAUGUUUAUGGUGCAAAUAGGCCUUACUGACUUCCACCCAUUAGAACAGAGGCCUUUCUCUAUAAAGUGGAAGAUGAUUAUAAAAAUUAUACAAAUAAUAGCUGUGAAUUCUACUUCUACUUCUGCUAACAGCAGCAGCAGCAACAACAAUGACAACUACAAACCAGAACGUCCUCCAGUCAAAUUGUAA